AUGAAUAUAAGGAUUGGACAAGCUGGGAGUCCAUUCAACAAAAUGAUGAAAGUGUGGAAAUCAAACCUAAAAAACCAUCUCAACGUAGGUUUCUUUCGGGCCACAGUUGGAAGUGUACUGCUUCAUGGUGAUGAAUGCUGGACGAUGACUGGAAAGAUGAGGAAUAGACUGAAUGGUACGUACACAGGAAUGCUCAUAGCAGUUCUUGGAGUUUCCUGGAAGGAGCAUAAAACCAACAAAGAACUGUAUGGCAACCUUCCUAAGAUUACAGAUAUCCUGAUGAUCAGGAGGCUGCGGUUUAUAGGACACUGAAUUUAACAUCAGUUCGACUAAAAUGGCUAUAACACAAUACUAAUUGAUAAAUUUCCAUUUCAAAACCGACUUUCUCUUCUAUAAAAACAGACACAUAUUGAUUUCUCCUUUAUGUACUCCUCAUGUUUUUGCUAUAGAGAAAUCAAUUUAAAACCUCUAAAAUUAUGCAUUAAAUCGCGAAGAACCAUUAGGCACACCCCAUAAAAGAUCAACGAAUUCGCCUCGUUGGCACUUUCUGGAAGGUACAAUUAGAUUUGAUUUUAUUAUUUCUAUCAUCAAUUGACAGUUUUAACUGCUACUUUAUUUUCUCUCCUUAUUUUUUCCUCAACGCUGGUUAGAUCCCCCUAAAAUUACCAAACCUAACUCUUCAGCAAUUGAAGCAGAGCAUUCAGAAAGCGUUAUUGUGGAAUGCUUAGCUGAAGCAAAUCCACCUGCAUCGUAUGUUUGGACAAACGCAGCUGGUGAAAUUGAAACCCAUGGGAGGUAUUUGAGUCUCCAAAAUGUUGAAGACCUGGAUGGCAGAAACUACACAUUCACAUGCACAGCAACAAAUAUCCUGGGAUUUGAUAAGCACAGUGUCUUUAUUACGAUCACAAGUAGGUUUUUUUUAGUAUUUUAAAAUAUUAAUUAAAGUGCACAAAAAAAAAGAAAGGCCAAACGUGCCAAUUUUGUCUUCUUUGAUAUCUUGUAUUUUCCUAGAUAAUUUUGCUCAACUGUCAUGAAAAUUUGAUUAUGCUCAAAGGAUGUACAAUUGCCCGAUCAUGGUCAACGCUAGUUCUGCGCCUAACAGUCGAUAACAGUUGAAACAUUUACCAUUUAAUUCUUAACUAAAAACAAAGGCAAAUUAGAAAAAUGUGUCCAGGCUGAGAAUAAAGAGAUGUAGGCACAGCUUUUUGCACAGAUGACACGAACUGUAUAGAAACUUUAUUCGCAACUGUAGUACUGCACUUGGAGUACGAUCGAAGGUUUUUAUUUUUCUUCGUAGGAAAGUUCAUUCCACUGGAAGUUACAAUAGACAUGCUGAAUGGAAAGAAAAUAGUAUACCAGCCAGAUUACUUGAAUCUGAACAGUACACUCGCAAAAGCCUUUGUUAACAAAUUUGUUUGGGAGGUAGCCUUCAUAUUGUUCUCAUAUUAUCAAAUUAACCAUAAAUAGAAUCCGAUGACUAAUAACAUAGUAGAUUUGAAGGUCUCAGUAGUAUGAAUUUAUUGCAAUAAUGCAUCCUUCUUGUGGCGGGGAGAUUUGUCCUUCUGACUCUUAAAUCUGUGAAUGAAAUCCUAUCGCAUUAGAGAGAUUAAGAUUCACGUUUACGGCAAACGACAAACGUUAGCCUUAAGUUGAGAAUUUCUCAGAAUAGAAAGUAAGCAGAUAAAAACUGUCCUGAACAAUUCUUACGGAUAAAACUGGCGUGAAACUACUUAUUUUUGAGAAGAAGUAAUAAACAGUACAUGACAAUUAAGGGAAAAACUUGGUCACGUGGUGCAAAUUCACGUUUGCCGUUUGGCGUAAAAGGGAAUCUUAAUCUCUCUAUUACCAUUCAACUGAAACCUCUUAGACCGAGACUAGUGUUUUCUAAAUAGUACUUUAAUUAUUUCUACUCCGGGUUGUUUGAAUAUUUUAAGAUGUAUGCGUCUAUUUUUGUAAUUUAGUUGGUAUGGUCACGUUUUUCAAUUAUAUUUUUUACAUCAUGUAUAAUUUUUGCAAUUUGGUUUUUAUCGUAUUUGAAGAAUAAUGUUUCAUGUCUGUUUGAAUUUUACACCGAACCGGUGGUAAUAAAUUUUUCAGGCCUUCUCUCAUGAAAGCAAAUAAACAAACAACCAAACAACCACCAAAACAACAUCAUCGACACAAAAAAUGUUUUUAAGGAGGAACCUGUUUCAGUUUGAAUUAAUUUUAUACCUUUCAGGUAAACAAGAAAUACGAAAAUAACCCACACUUUGACAGAUCACAAGUUAACAAGCUUAGGUUGGUAUUAUUAAACAUUGUUGCGUAAAAGUUCGGGAAAAGAAAAUAUUCGUUGGUAGGUCUAUAAAACUGGAGAAAAUGGUAAGCCGCUCACACCUAUUUAAAAAGAUUGGAAGCAUUGGAAUUUCGGCAUCUUGCUGCCUCCCCAGUUAUUUGAGAUAAUUUGUUCUUUUUUUUAACAGGGAAGGCAGUGUGAUUGUGUCGUUGGUAUUAUGCUUUAAAACUCCUGUUUCUACAAACAAAGGGCUUGUUGAACUAACGGAAGCGUUGAUAAUAGGAACCAUUGGUCCUUUCAGUGUAUGCUGCUUAAAGAUUUUACCUAUAACAACUUCGAUUCCACAUACUUCAUCCGUGCCUUUACCAACAGGUGAGCUGUGUGCAUGCCCUCUCAACUAUAUAUAAAAGUGAUAAAUUUGGGACCGUGGCACUAAAUGUGCGUCUUUUUAAGAAAUACCCACCUAAUAGAGUCAAAGACAACGUUUGAUUCCCGUGCGAAAUUUCCAAGAAUUAUUCCCGGGAAUUCCCGGAAAAUUCUUUUGCUGUUGAUUUGCACCAACAUUCGUUCCUGAGUAUUCUCGAGAAUUCUCGGGAUAAAAUUGGAAUAGAAACGGCCUAAAAAUUCUCGGACAUUCUCAGAAAUGAUUUCCUUCUUCGGCAAUUCCCGGAAACAGAAGCAUUUUUAAGAGUAGAGAUUACAAAAAUGACAAGGUUUCGAGAAUUCUCAAGAAUUGCCAAGAAUUGUCAGAAUUUAAACGUAACUACAUAAAUUAUCACAAGAACUAUCACAGUCUUAUUGCAGUAAUAUAAUUAUGAAGGGUGCAAGGCUUAGAACUUGCACUAGUUCUAAACUUAAAUUAAGAUUCGAGAGAGGACAAAAUAGAAACGACGUGACGCUCAAAGUGACAACUCUCGACUGCUACGAGACGUUUCAUUGUUAGUAAUCUUCGAAAUAGCGUAAACCCAAAUUUUGAGCGAAUGCUUCAACCUGUCACUUACAAGUUAUACUAAGAAGGAAUAUUCAUUGCCCUACUUACAAUUCACUGGACGCAAACCUCACAUUCGAUUAGUCCUUGCUGUCGCUGUAACUCUGUGCAACUGCUUGACGUCGAUUAACUUAUCCGUUUUGCUUGAGGCUGCUUAAAGUUAUCCCAGUAAAUAACGAUCCAAAUACAUUUUGUUGCGGGGUGAAAGCAAAAUCUACGUGUCCAGAUAGUCUGCAGAAGUGACAUGUACUAUUAUUGCCAACGAGCAGCCUCGCGAAGACGCGAGGCUGCGAGGCGGCAGCCUAAUAUAGCCGUGCGCGAUUGUUCCAAGGGCAGAAAAAAUCUCGAAUCGAUGUAACAUAGUGUAAUGUAAGGCUACCAUGACGUAACGUAGGACAGAGAAUGUAUUGUUUUCGAGCGAACACGUAAUACAGAUCAGAGAAUCCACGAACCGUGUGCGUGUUUGUGAUUCCCGUGCUCAUCCCGUCUUCAACUAAUCGUUUGGUGGAUCCUUCCUAUCCUACGCGAUAUCUGUCGCAUUUGCCCGCUGGAAUAUUUUAUUGCAUGCCGCCAUAGUUAAUUGAGUGGAAUGGUUAUGAAACCCGUCAGACUCCUUUGUUAUAUGUUUUGUGGACCUGAAAGUGCACAACGUUCAAAAGAAUUCCUGUCAUUUUGAUUGUAUUGACCAAUAAAAACGUUGCAUUAAUUUAUUCCGUAACAAUUUGCCAACAGAAAACAAAGGAUUGUGCACUUUCAGGGUGCCUCCAACAUAAACUGCAGCACUGUUGUUUUUAUCAUUGAUGUUUGCCGCUUAUCAUAACCAGCCUCCUCUAAUAACUAUGAUGCCGCUGAGAAAAACAAUAACGCAUCGAAUUUUUUUUUUGUCUUUGAAGCAAAAUUAUUCGGAAGGCUUUAUUGGCGCAACAUAAUUUUUUUUUAGCUUUAAAAAGAGACCAAAUAUAUAAGUCUGUACGUUGAAUAUUCGCGGACUUAAGUAUGAUUUUUUGAGGACAUUAAGUUUGCUCAUAAGACCACUAACAUUUUAUGCAAAAUGACUUGUUCGCAACUUCGGACAAAAACACGAACUUCAGUAUCUCGAAAAAUUUGCUGCGUAAAGUCGGGAUUUCAAAUUCUUCAUGUUGUAGAACAGUUUAGUUCACUAUUUCAAAAGACAAAUUAAAGCAAGGGGCACACAUACACCAAACCCAGGAUCCGUCUUCCCUGCGCAUGUCGUGGGAGAACUGCUGUGCGGUUCCCAGCCAACAGCUCCCACAUGUGUUGUGUGGAGCUAGCACUUAAAGGACUCGCCUCGGCUUUCCCUGGUCACUGACCGACGGCUAUGCCAUGCUGAUGAGCCCCAGUAAGGGCUAAACAGCUGUCCAUGGCUGCUACUGCCCGCGUGAUAUGGCUGUGCGCAGGCGUGAGGUAAUUGCCAGGCCGUGGGUUGGUGUAUAUGUGCCCCUUGCUUUACUUUACUGGUAACUCGCGAUAGAUGGCUUUGCACUCACCUCACCAGUUGGGGGUUUAUGAGACGCGGGUUUUCCCCGUUCAUUAACCCAACGGCUUUGCCUCGCUGGUUGGCCCCAGUAAGGGCGAAACAGCUGUCUGUGGCUGCCACUGCCCUCGUGAUAUAGCUGUGCGCAUGCUUGAGGUACUGGCCCGGCCGUGGGUUUGUGUAUGUGUGCCCCUUGCUUUAAGUUUGCUUUAUUUUCAAUGCAGUCGAAUUAAGCUCAAUCUAUUUUCAUCAAAUACUGUAUUUCAUGACAUUUCUAAAAUUCAACAGCGCGCGCUUAUGGGUAAAAUCUUUGCCCGUUGGCACUUAGCGAGAGCUAUAACUAGUAGAGGAUAUAAAUCAUCCCACUUGAGACGAACGCAUGUCAGUAGAGUCAUUGCCGGUAAAAUUUUAAACUACACAGUACAAUAGUCUGGCCUCACCAGGUGAUCGCAGCGCACUUCGCUUUAUAGUUACGCGCGUCAGAACUCUGAUAUAGCGAAUAAGGCAAAUCCAUUUUUUUAAACAGAUAUGUAGGAAAGAUAGCGAUGCAUGCUUAUCAUGCAACAAAAAAAAGCUUGCACUAUGUGUUGUUUUCUACAGUCAGGAUUACUUUGCAUCUGGCACUGACUAAGUGAUCAUUGUAUCCGGUUCUGAGAGUUAUUAUAACUACGUAGUUGUGUCAAAAAUAUGGUAAUAAAUUAUGUCCGUACAAAUUUUAGAAGUUGAUAUUCGUUCAGAAAGUUUGGAAUUGCUUAUAGCUGCAACUUAACAACUUGGAGAUAUUAAUUAAGAGAGCUCGAUGCGAUGACCGAUUGAACCCGAGCCACGCUGUGAGUAACAAGAGACACUGCAAAAUAUUUAUAAGAGUGUAUUAACGAUCUUUAACAGAAAGAUGGGUAUUUGAUUUAAGCGGCAGCGAGACUAUGAUUCCCGAGAGUUCUUGAAAAUUCUCAAGAAUUGUCUUUGAAUAACCUUGUCAAAUUGAUAUUCACAUUAUUCUCGAGAAUUUUUGGAAAUUUCCAUGAAGGUGUGAAAUUCUGGUAGACGAGCCCUUGAAAACGUGCGGGAAUUCACAAGAAUUUCCAAGAAUUUUAUGACGUCGCAAGCUUUUUCAAAAAUUCUAAGAAAUUCUUGAAAUUUACCCUGUUCCCGAGAAUUCUUGGCAAUUAUUUCGCAUGGUAUUAGAGAGGUAGGGAAAAUUUCAGAUUGUUCGUUCUAGGAAAGUAUCCGAUUCUGUAAAGGAACCGCUAGGAUAGAGUUUAAUAUGGCUAUAAUAUAGACGUCUUUGCGGCAUAAAGCUGUAUUACCACGUGAGAUGAAAACUACAGACUAUAUCUUGGUACAUACUGAAUUUCAUAUCUAAGGGUUGGUGACUUCAGCAGCUUUCAGAAUUUCUAUUGACAUAUUCGUUGUAGAAACCUUUUUUGUAAACAAAAUGUUUAUAUUUUGGUGCUCUUGCCACGACCUACAGCCAUUAAUAGACAGCAAAAGCAAUAACGUUACGUCUGAAUAUUCCUUAAUAUUGUGUGCAUUCUUGCUUUUUACUUUCCAUUCCUAAUCCUCUUUACAGAAACUGAACGCUGCCAGUGUAAUAAGGUGGUUUGGAAAGCAUUUACUGGAGUUCUCAUAUUUUUUAUCAUCAUUCUUAUUAUCCUAAUACUUUGGUUGCGUAAAAGAGGUAAACAUAAAAGCUCUCUCAUUUUACUUAAAAUGCUCGCUGAUUAUUUUUCGUAAUGUAGAACAUACAAUAUACUUUUUUUUCUUCUCAUGAAUAUAACAUAACACCGACAGAAAUUUCCUAAAAUAUAGCCUCGCGUAUGCUCGACACUAACUUUUUUGGACACUAGGCCGAUGGGCUACUGAGUGAAAUAAAUCACUAGACCAGAAGGACAAGCCACCGGUCUUUACUAAAACAGUUUAUAGACCAGUUUUUAUGAAAAUCCAACUUAAGAGGCAAAAAGACAUCAACGGUAAUAAAACGAAUGGCUUAUGUUGUUUGUUUCGUGUCAGUCCAGAGUUCAAGAGGUAAUCUGAAUGUCUUGUGCCGUGUUGGAAGACAUGGAAAUGAUUGCACGUAG